AUGGCUCCGUCCCCUAUGCCAGGGGAUUCUGAGAAACCUUCCUCACUCUCAAAUGCUGGGAAUGUCGGACAUCAACAAACAACUGGUGUCAGAGCGCAGGUCCAGUCCCCUGCCAUUGGCACCCCUGGGAUAUCAGCCUCUCCUUUGCUUGCUGAAUUUAGCGUACCAGAUACUCAUGUUAAUGCCUUGUCAACUAUUUCUGGCAAGUCGAGUGUUACAGAGCAGCCUCUUGAACGCUUAGUUAAAGCGGUGAAAUCGAUGUCACCAAAUGCAUUAAGUGCCUCUGUCAGUGACAUUGGCUCCGUAGUCAGUAUGAUUGAUAGGAUAGCAGGGUCAGCACCAGGUAAUGGAUCCAGAGCUUCAGUUGGUGAAGAUUUGGUUGCCAUGACAAAGUGUCGUCUGCAAGCAAGAAAUGUUAUGACUCAUGAUGGAACAAAUGGGACUAGGAAAAUGAGGCGCUACACUAGUGCCGUGCCCUUAAAUGUGGUGUCAUCAGCUGGCAGCAUGGAUGAUAGUUUUAAGCAGUUGACCAAUUCAGAGACAUCUGAUCUGGAGUCAACUGCAACAUCUCGUAUCAAUAGGCCAAGGAUUGAGUUGUUAAGUGCAGCCGCUGCUGAAGGGGGUGAGGGAACCAUUGUCAAGUGCUCGUUUGAUGCUGUGGCUCUCAGUCCAAACUUGAAAUCGCAGUACGCGUCAGCACAAAUGUCACCGAUUCAGCCAUUAAGACUGCUUGUUCCCAUGAAUUGUCCCAACUGCUCUCCAAUACUCUUGGACAAGUUUCCAGUUGAAGUCAGUAAGGAGUAUGAAGAUCUUUCUGUAAAGGCAAAGUCAAAGUUUAGCAUCUCUCUACGAAGCAUUUCACAACCCAUGUCCCUUGGUGAGAUAGCAAGGACUUGGGAUGUUUGUGCACGUGCAGUUAUUUCCGAGCAUGCGCAGCAGAGUGGUGGAGGCAGUUUUAGCUCGAAGUAUGGGACAUGGGAGAACUGCUUGAGUGCUGCUUGA